GUCGGUUUUAAAAAAAAAAACUUUAUUGAUUGUUCCGGGAGUUUUUCGUGUUCAGGAAAACUUUGUUCCGUUUGUUAUUCCGUGUUUAAAAAUGCCGUGUUCCUAACAAACAAACACGGUUCUUUUCCGUGAGUUUGAUGGAAAAUGUCGUCGCAGUUUAAAGUGAACGAACUUUUACAAGUUGACAUAUGUGACGUGUUCACCGGAGAAAACUUUGACAACUUUGAGCCCAAACAUCAGGACGAUUUCUGCGGCUUUGAGCGCUGGACCGAGUCACCGUCAGAACCGUCACCAGCUCUGGCUCGCACCGGUUCUGUGACCCAGGAGAGCGGCACCAUGAGCGGACACUGCAGUGACACUGAGUCCCGCUGUGACGGACUCUCCGCGGCCAGGUCCUCCAUACUAGACUGCCUCCUGGUGGAACUGUAUGAGACGUGCAGCAGCAGGAGAACCGUGGACAGCUGGGACAGCUCAACCGAAGCAUCCGGUUCUGAUGCGUUUCUGGGCCGAAGCAACUGCGGCUCCAGUUUCCUGCAGGAGCUUCAGCUGAAACACACCCGGAGACUGCAAGUGAACUACCUGCAACAGAAGGCUCCAGGGGAGCUGCAGUCGAUCAUCCAGGAGGUGAAAUAUCGUAUAAGUCUUCAGUCAGCCAAACUGAUUCGUCAGCUGAGGAGACGAGACCGUCUUUGUCAUAAACUACAGAAGAACUAUGACAUCAUCACAGCGUGUCUUCAAGCUGUCUCUCAAAAACGACGUGUUGACACCAGGUUGAAGUUUACCAUCGAACCGUCGCUGGGAAAGAACGGAUUCCAGCAGUGGUACGAUGCCCUGAAAGCUGUGGCCAGACUUCAUACUGGGAUUCCAAAGGAAUGGAGGAAGAGGGUUUGGCUCACACUCGCUGACCAGUAUCUUCACACCAUCUCCAUCGACUGGGAAAAGACACUUCGCUUUGCCUUUAAUGAGCGCAGCAACCCGGACGACGACUCCCUCGGCGUCCAAAUCGUCAAGGACCUGCACAGGACUGGAUGCAGUUCUUACUGUGGCCAGGAGGGGGAGCAGGACCGAGUGGUGCUGAAGAGGGUGUUGUUGGCGUUUGCUCGCUGGAAUAAAAGUGUGGGUUAUUGUCAAGGUUUUAACGUCCUGGCUGCAUUAAUACUGGAGGUGACGGAGGGAGACGAGAGUGACGCACUGAAGGUGAUGAUUUACCUGAUUGACAAAGUUCUGCCAGAAAGUUAUUUUGCCAACAACCUACGAGCUUUAUCAGUGGACAUGGCCGUGUUUCGGGACCUGCUGCGUCUCAAACUUCCCAGACUUUCCCAGCAUCUCCAUCACCUUCAAAAAGCAGCAAACAGAGAAGCUGGAGGCAGUUACGAGCCUCCUCUCACUAACGUGUUCACCAUGCAGUGGUUCCUCACCAUGUUCGCCACCUGCCUGCCUUCGUCCACAGUUCUCAAGAUCUGGGACUCAGUCUUCUUUGAAGGUUCUGAGAUUCUGUUUCGCGUCGCUCUCGCUAUCUGGGAGCGACUGGGAGAGAGGAUCGAGUACUGUCCCACAGCAGAUGACUUCUACAGUACCAUGGGUUGUUUGACUCAGGAAAUGUUAGAGAAGAACCUCGUUGAUCCAGGUGAACUCAUGCAGGAAGUGUAUUCCAUGGCGGUGUUUCCUUUCCCUCAGUUGUCUGAGCUCAGAGAGAAAUACACAUACAACAUCACUCCAUUCCCCACAUCUGUCAAACCCAAUGGAAGCAGUGGUGUGGGCAGCUGGGAAAGUGAUGAUGAUGAUGCUGACAUGGAUGAUGAAGACUCUGUGGUCACUGCUCUCGGGUGUUUGGGGCCACUGGGAGGUUUACUGGCCCCAGAGCUGCAGAGAUACCACAGACACCUGCGAGACCAGAGAACAGAGCAGGGAAACUUCACACAGCUGAGCCCGGGCGCAGUGGGAGGAGCAGGGGGAGGGGCCAGGGCGGAACAUCAAGCUGCCAUCAACAGUAUGAUGAUGGAGAGGAUGAGCACCGACAUCUAUGCCUUAAAGAAACAGUACACUCGUAUCAAGAGACGACAGCAGCAACAGGCCAUGCAACUGUACAUACGCACAGGACUUGGACAUGAAGUUCCCAUGAGUCCAGGACUUCUUCAGGAGCAGAUGGACAAACCCAGGAACAGUUCUGACCGAUACUCUGAUGAAAAAUGUCCUGCAACUCGUGUCCUCGCCUCUCAGCUGAACCCGUCCAGCGCCGUCAUCAACCACCUGCUGCUGGGUCGUAAACCACGCAGCAGACCCACAUCCACCAGUCACAGCUCCCCCUGCAGGCAGCACUGGGGAUCACUGCCCUCCCACGGCAGCAGACCUCCAGGAAACGGCAGCGGCGAGUCUGGGUCACCGUGGCGAGCUCAUGUCCGGGUCCAUCGCAGGAACGUGGCCCGGGCUCGAGCUCAGCUGGGAUUUGAAGAUUCAGAGGAAAGAGAGGAUGAAGGUGAAGAGGAAAACAAGAGGAACGAUGAUGAUGAUCUGAAGAAAGACGAGAGUGAUGUCACCGUUUCUCCUUCUUCUGAUCCUUCUGUUACUGGUUCAGUUUGUGAAGAAGCUCCUCAAGUUUCUGAUGAAACAAACACAGCACAAGUUUCACAGGUUGUGGUGAAAUUAGAGAACGAGUCGAAGCCAGAAACACAACCUUCAGUCCCUGAACCUCCAGCUCCUUCAGUCCCUGAACCUCCAGCUCCUUCACCUGCCGAUGUUCCUGCAGCUCCUUCAGCUGCCGAGGUUCCUGCAGCUCCUCCAGCUGCCGAUGUUCCUGCAGCUCCUCCAGCUGCCGAUGUUCCUGCAGCUCCUCCAGCUGCCGAUGUUCCUGCAGCUCCUCCAGCUGCCGAUGUUUCAGCAGGUGAAGAUGCUGUAGAUCUUCCUGCAGGUGAAGAUGGAUAUGGUCCUUCAGUUCCUCCUCCUUCUUCAAACAGGCACAAAGAGUCAGACUCCUCAGCUUCCGAGAGAAACACCACCUCUUCACCUCCAUCACUCCACUUCUCCGCCGCCUGCAUCCCUUCUUCUUCUUCCUCCUCCUCCUCCAUCCUGAGUUCAUCUCUCUCUCCUGUCCCCACAUCACUUCCUUCUGGCUCCGUCUCUCCAACACCAGACCCUACCUCCUUCCUCCCUCUCUCGCUUCCUGCUUCCUCCACCUUUUAUAAAACCUCCUGUCCCUCCACUCCCUCUCUCUGCUCCAUCUCCUCAUCCUCUAAAUCUCUCAUCUCCUCCUCCCCGUCCACGCCGGUGUUAAGCUCCACCUCCUCCACUCCCAAACAGCAGCAGCUCUUCUCUCCGUUCCCAAGCGUGAAACAGCCCAGGAAGUCGCCGGCAGCGAGGAACCUCGGUCUUUACGGACCCACGUCCAGAACUCCCACCGUCCACUUCCCUCAGCUGAGCCGCAGCAGAGCGGCCGGAACCACGGGCAGGAGAUGAUCCGUCUGUGCCACACUGUCCCCUGCUGGUCAACAAAACAACUCUCUCAUAGAAAACAAGUUCACAAACAUUAAAGGUGUAGUUCAGGGGAAGUCAUAGUGUGAGCUGACUGUGCUGUGAGAGCCCCCUGCUGGUGACAACAGUGUAUGACAGUAUCUCAUGUAAUCACACUUCCCUGUGGACCCUAACCCUGGAGUAUGAAUGAAAAUGAAAUGAGUAUGUAUGAAGUUCUUUACUUUGUGGUCUAUGCAGCUUCUUAUUGACCAUGAUGAUGAUGACGUGUGCUGAUUAUGUAUGAAGACAAAGUGUCCAGUUGUGUUUCCAAGCCAAGUAUUAAACCACUACACAAUAAAGUAAAUAUACCUGUGUGA